GUCAUGCGGCCCUGGGCACGGCAGACCGGGCAGGGGAAAGGCAAAGUUUGGCAAUGUGAGGAGUGCAGAAGAAGAAGUGAGAGUGACACCGGGGAGGGGGCGAGCACCGACAGUCACCGGCACCGCUUCAUCUCCACCGGAGCCCCGGAUUACAGUCCCUCUAUAUCCACAGACAGUGAUCACUGCUGAGCCCGGUCACAGCGCGGAGUGAUCCCCCUCUACGGAGGCAAGAGUCAUGACGGAGCCGGACCUCAGCGCCCUGCCGUGGUCCAUCAACAGGGAUGACUAUGAGCUCAAGGAGGUUAUCGGUAGCGGGGCAACAGCUGUGGUCCAAGCUGCAUACUGCUUCCCAAAGAAGGAGAAAGUGGCUAUUAAAAGGAUCAAUCUAGAAAAAUGUCAGACCAGCAUGGAUGAACUACUGAAAGAAAUCCAGGCAAUGAGUCAGUGCCACCACCCCAACAUUGUGUCUUACUACACCUCGUUUGUGGUUAAGGAUGAGCUCUGGCUGGUUAUGAAGUUGCUAAGUGGAGGAUCCGUCUUGGAUAUCAUCAAACAUAUAGUAGCAAAAGGAGAACACAAGAAUGGGGUAUUGGAUGAAGCGAGCAUUGCCACCUUGCUCAAAGAAGUUCUGGAGGGACUUGAAUACCUACAUAAAAAUGGGCAGAUCCACCGGGACGUUAAAGCCGGCAACAUACUCUUGGGUGAAGAUGGCUCGGUGCAAAUAGCAGAUUUUGGCGUAAGUGCAUUUCUAGCUACAGGAGGGGACAUCACCAGAAAUAAAGUCAGAAAGACGUUUGUGGGCACACCUUGUUGGAUGGCACCUGAGGUCAUGGAGCAGGUCAGAGGAUAUGAUUUUAAGGCGGACAUCUGGAGUUUUGGAAUCACAGCUAUUGAAUUAGCUACAGGAGCAGCUCCAUAUCAUAAAUACCCUCCAAUGAAGGUAUUAAUGCUGACACUCCAGAAUGAUCCUCCAACUCUAGAGACUGGCGUACAGGACAAGGAGAUGCUGAAGAAGUAUGGAAAGUCCUUUAGGAAGAUGAUUUCUUCGUGCCUUCAGAAAGACCCAGAGAAAAGGCCAACAGCAGCAGAACUUUUGAAGCACAAGUUCUUCCAGAAAGCCAAGAACAAAGAAUUCUUACAAGAGAGGUUGCUCCAUAAGGCCCCAAGCAUUACAGAGAGAGCAAAAAAGGUUCGGAGAGUGCCAGGAUCAAGUGGUCGACUUCAUAAAACUGAAGAUGGGGGAUGGGAGUGGAGUGAUGAUGAACUGGAUGAGGAAAGUGAGGAAGGCAAAGCAGCUGUGUUACAACUAAGGUCUCCACGUGUGAAAGAUUCUUUAGCAAACUCUGAGAUGUUUCCUGCUACAGAGCCAAGCUCCACAUAUCUCCAGGCUCCAGCACAGCCUACAGCCAAUCUACCUCAGUCAUCUGGCCAAGCUCCACCUUCACAAGUGUCUGUUCCUGUCCCGUCCUCUGGACAGGCCGCCCCUGCAGCUCCUGUGCCUCCUACAGCUGAAGAAGUGAAAGCUGUUAUCAGUUUAGUAUUACGAUUAAGAAACACAAAGAAAGAGCUCAAUGAUAUCCGGUUUGAGUUUACACCUGGAAGGGAUACAGCCGAUGGUGUUUCCCAAGAACUUGUCUCCGCUGGCCUUGUAGAUGGAAGAGAUGUAGUAAUAGUUGCAGCUAAUUUACAGAAGAUUGUGGAAGAGCCACAGACUAACAGAUCAGUCACCUUCAAGUUGGCCUCUGGGGUUGAUCCCUCUGACAUUCCAGAUGAUGGGAAGCUCGUAGGGUUUGCACAGCUCAGUAUCAGCUAAGCUGCUGUCUUCUGAGCUGCUUCUUAUUGAAAUCUUCAUCAUCUUUCUAAUGCUUCUCUUGGCCUACAGAACCACUACUGCCAAAGAAUCAAACUCUGGCUUGUUUCGGAGCUGUAACAACGUGUAUUACUUUUACUCUUGUCUAACAAAUGUCUCUAAACUUGGUGUAAUGACAUACACACUGGGAGGUCAGAGCUUUGGAACCGACAGCGAACAAAAGUGUUUCUGCACAUGAUUAAUUUGGAUUUCUUUUUAUCUUCAUGUGAAAAGUGCCAGCUGUCCUCUCUAGUGCCGACGGGGCUGCUGGCCGGACACGGCGGUCGUCCCUUUGUCACUAGAGAGGAUCAGCUCGCUCCUCUCAUACCUGUUUGUUACUGUUGCCUUAUUUGAGAAUACUACUGAGUAUGGAACUAUGGGUUUCUACCACUCUUAAACAUUCAAGGCAAAGAGAAAUUAGUUUGGGGAUCUGAUUUUUAUUGGCUUUAAUUUAAAGUGAACAGAAAAGAGUCUAAAUAAAAACAUAAUUAAUA